UACAUUGAAAGAGACCGCUUCAACGUUUUUUUUUUCCUUGGAUGGCUUGUCCCCCCCGAUUGCGUUCCGGUGUCGAGGGUCACAAUUCAUACGUUUGGGGGGGAAAGGGGGGCUUGUGCCUACCAGGAGAAGAUGCCGGAGGGUCGCAGACGAUGGGACGGCAGACGAGAGCCGAUCUUACAUGACCCCACGAAAUACACCGCCAAGCCGCGACCUCUGUGAAUUGCGUAUCCUGCUUGGUCAAUAUUGGUCGUACCUCCUUGUAUGCUGUCUGCUGUUGAACCUUGUAUGGGGUAGGGAAGUACUACGCGGUAGUGGCGGUGGGUUUAGUUUCGAGCUAUAAAGGUAGUAAUAAGUAAUGAAUUGUUCUUCGAGUAGUUAAAACCCCGAUCUCUUUCUCCUUCCUCUUUCUUCUAUCUUCAUCUUCUUUCUUUUCUUCCUGCCUGUUCUGGGUAUUCAGCAGUUAUUUUCAUUCUCACCGUUUCCCUCCGAGUUAAAGUAACGAUGGCGGAUAUAAAUGUAGAACAGGUCCUCAAAAAGCUCUCUAUGAGCGACAAGGUCGAUCUUCUGGCAGGUAUCGACUUUUGGCACACAAAAGGCCUCCCAGAACACGGCAUCCCUUCGUUGCGUUUAACUGACGGGCCCAAUGGUGUUCGCGGUACCAAGUUCUUCAAUGGCAUCAAAGCUGCUUGUUUUCCUUGCGGGACUGGCUUAGGUGCUACUUUCAACCUCGAGCUUCUAGAAGAAGCAGGAAGGAAAAUGGGAGACGAGGCCAAGGUAAAGGGAGCACACGCAAUCCUAGGGCCUACUAUAAACAUGCAGCGAGGACCUUUGGGUGGCCGAGGAUUCGAGUCGCUUGGCGAGGACCCUUUCCUAGCUGGGUUGGGUGCAGCUGCGCUCGUCAGGGGUAUCCAGUCAACCGGGAUCCAAGCUACUAUUAAGCAUUUCGUUUGUAAUGACCACGAACACAAACGAAAUGCCGUCCAAGCAAUCAUCACAGAACGAGCACUGCGUGAGAUAUAUGCGCUGCCGUUCCAACUAGUCGUUCGCGAUUCCAAUCCGGCAUCGUUUAUGACAGGUUACAAUGGAGUCAACGGGACGUACUGUAGCGAGAACCCCAAGCUUUUGGACCAGAUGCUACGUGGGGAAUGGGGUUGGGAUGGAAUGAUCAUGAGUGACUGGUACGGCACAUACAGCACUACAGAGGCGGCGAUAGCUGGUCUUGAUCUUGAGAUGCCUGGUCCGCCACGAUUCAGGGGCGGGCCGUUAAAAUUCAACGUCUCGACCGACAAAGUUCGCACCCAUAUCCUAGAUCAGCGAGUGAAGACUAUGUUGGAAUUUAUCAAAAAGUGUGGUGCUAGCGGCGUGAAAGAGAACGCCCCUGAAGGUACAGCUGAUACCCCUGAAACGGCCGAGCUUCUUCGACGAAUAGGCAAUGAGGGAAUCGUCUUGUUGAAGAACGAGAAUGAUGUCCUUCCCCUUAAAAAGGAUAAGAAGACUGUAAUCAUUGGACCGAACGCCAAGGUUGCAACAUACCACGGAGGAGGAUCCGCGUCUUUGGCUGCGUAUUAUGCCGUGACUCCAUUCGACGGUAUCAGUAACAAGUUGUCCUCGGCUCCAGAUUAUACAAUCGGCCAAUACUCACACAAGUUGUUACCGCUCCUCGGCUAUUCAACCAAGUCAGGCAAGGGUGCACAAGGGAUGACCAUGAAGGUUUACACAGAGGGACACGAUAUUCUAGACAGGAAACCAGUUGACCAACUAGAGCUUCUGAAGACGGAGAUGCUACUAAUUGACUACUCAAAUCCGAACGUGAAGGGUCCUCUCUGGUAUGCGACUCUUGAGGGAUCGUUAGUUGCUGAGGAAGACGCGACCUGGGAAUUCGGGGUUGUUGUGUCCGGAUCGGCAAAUCUUUACAUUAAUGACGAGCUAAUUGUCGACAACACCACAAAACAGACAUUAGGCGAGGCAUUCUUUGGUAGUGCCACGAUCGAAGUGAAAGGGACCUACAAGUUGGAAAAGGGAAAGACCUACAACUUCAAGGUCACGUUUGGAUCGAGUCCAACGUCUAAGCUAGGAGGCGGUGCGGUUCUUCUCAACGGCGGCGCGCUCAGGGUCGGCGGCUGUAAGAUUAUCGAUCCAAAAGCUGAGAUAGCCUACGCUGUAGAGCUGGCUCGGGGUGCCGAUCAAGUCAUCGUAUGCACCGGGCUUAACGCCGAAUGGGAAACCGAAGGCAAUGACCGCACCGACAUGAGCCUCCCUCCCGGCUUAGAUGAUCUGAUCGCUGCUGUCGCCAAAGCCAAUCCCAACACAGCAGUGGUCAUGCAGUCCGGUACCCCAGUAGAGAUGCCUUGGAUCAACGACGUAAAUGCUCUUAUCCACGCUUGGUACGGCGGCAACGAGACGGGAAAUACCAUUGCGGAUAUUCUCUUCGGUGACGUAAAUCCUUCUGGAAAGCUUAGUCUCAGUUUCCCAGUUCGCGUCCAGCAUAACCCGGCAUUUCUGAAUUACCGGACCGAAGGCGGUCGAGUGAUCUACGGCGAGGACAUCUACAUCGGUUACCGGUACUACGAAUUUGCCGAUCGCGAGGUCUUAUUCCCUUUUGGACACGGCUUGAGCUACACGAGCUUCGCGUUUUCAGACCUGUCGGUCACCGAAAAAGACGGGGAAUUAACUAUAUUAGUUGCCGUUAAAAAUACGGGCGGCGUAAAGGGUGCCGAGGUUGCGCAGGUCUACGUGGCGCCCAAACAGAAAGCUAAGGUGAAUCGGCCAGUCAAAGAACUCAAGGGUUUCGCCAAGGUAGAGCUAGCACCAGGCGAAAUUAAGACGGUUUCUGUAAAGGUUGCGAAAAAAUACGCGGCUAGUUACUGGGACGAGGAGCGCGAUCAAUGGUGCGUCGAGGAGGGCGAGUACGAUGUCAUUGUCAGUGACAGCAGUGAGGUUAAAGAAAGUAAAGCUGUGAAGGGUUCGUUCAAGGUGGCUGAGACAUUUUGGUGGUCGGGACUGUGAUGAAUUCUGAAAGAAUUCAAACAUGGAAAAUCAUUGCCCAUGAUGUGUGACGAAUGUCGAUGAAAAUUAUGGCGAGGCGUCUUAUUUGAGAUAGGGUUUUGGAGGGAAAUAUUUGAUAUGAUUAAAUGAGAUGAGAAAUAGAUUCGACUUCUGUUAUAGCAGGAGUAUCCUCAGUGCCGUAUAAAUGUUUGAUUAUUGGUUAUAUCGUGUUGCUAUCUUUUAAUUAAGAUUGCUUUGCAAUUCGCUUUCCAAAUUGACCUCAAUACAUUUUCAACGGGGGCCAGAAAGAAAGCGUAGAUGAGUGGAAUUGGAAUAUAAGGGAGAAGUUGAGAAUAGUUAUAAUUUAGUCUUUGCGCACUUAAUAACUCCAGUAUGUACCUAGGUACC